UCCCUGCAUGUUUGUGACAUUUGGUGACAACCAUAGCCAUUCAUCUCUUUCAACUCUUUUGAGAAGAACAAAAGAAUGUCACAGCCUUAUGUCUACGAAAGCAGAAGGCCAGUGAGAAUAAUCCCUACUCUACCAGGGAAGACAAUAGUGGUGUCUGGUAUACAAAACAAGACAAUAGCUGAUAGUUUCACCAUGCAGAAAAUUAUGGAAGCACUGCAUAAUGCAGACAGAGACAAAAAUGGCAGUUACAACAAGGAUGAACUCAAGCAAGCCCUCAGAGACUUAGGUGCCUACUUCCCUGGUUGGAGAGCCUUUCGUGCUUUCGGAAAAGCUGAUGCCAACAAUGACGGUCAAAUUAGCGGCGAAGAAAUCGACACUCUCAUUGAGUAUCUUCAUUCUUGUGGCUUUGGAAAAUAGUCAUCCAUCAUUAUUUCAUCCAAUAAUCUGUGUUGUGUUCUGUAAUCAUGUAUUAUAUAAUAUAGUUUGUGUUUGUGCUUUUAUAUACCCUCAUGCCUACACAUAUAAGGUUCAAGAUGGAUAAUAAAUCAUGAUUCAUAUCAUA